AUGUUUAGGCUCCGAGAAAUCCAAGCUGAGAGCUAUGAAUAUGAAAAACCGACUCUGCUGCUCUUGACUGUCAAGCAGGCAUUUGAUCGAGUAAAAAGGAAAAAGUUAUAUCAAGCACUCCAAGAACAACAUGUUCCACAAACUGAAAACGACUGGAUUGCUAUAGCAAAGGAUUUCGAAAAGAGAUGGAAUUUCCCUCAUUGUCUUGGCAGCCUAGAUGGAAAACAUAUCGAUAUAAUUCCUCCAGUCAACAGUGGAUCUUUUUUUUUCAAUUACAAACAUAGACACAGUUUAGUUCUACUUGCCAUAGCAGAAGCAAAUUAUAAAUUUAUUUUAUUUGAUUUCGGUACAAAUGGCAGAGUAUCAGAUGGGGGUGUCCUUCAGAAUACAGAAUUUUUUAGAAGACUUCAGGCCAAAUUAUUAAACAUUCCCGGAGAAAAAGAAGUUGCAAAUGAGUCACGAAAGCUACCGUUUGUUUUUGUCGCAGAUGAUGAUUUUCCUUUGAGGCCUGACAUGCUGAAACCAUACAGACAGAGUGAUUUAACUUGUAUUGAAAAAAAAAAUGUACAACUACCGAUUAUCGAGAGCACGGAGAAUCGUGGAGAACGUCUUUGGGAUUAUGGCAGCACGCUUUAG